AUACGCGCUUUCCACCUUCCCUCCGGGCGCGAGCGCCCGUGGGGCGGGCCUCAGCGGCGGCGCGACAAGUCCAGAGGUGAGGGCUGAGGAAGGGGCGUGGCUAGCGGGCUGGCCUCGGCCACCCUCUUCCGGGCUCCGCCAGCUGCGCGCGCAUCUUCUCCCCCUUCUUUUGUGGUCCGGCCCAUUGCGAGGGUGACAGGAAACCCUGUGCAGGGAGCGCCGCCAUCUUGGACCAGCCCGAGGAAGAUACUGAGGGAGCCACAGGAGCAGUCACCGCUGCCACCGCUACUGCCGCUACUGCUGCCGGCGCGUCUGCACCUCUCGGCCUGCCAGUGUACCUGCCGGGGCCUCGGUCGACCGCCCCCGCCCCUCUCCCGCUGCGUCCGCACUCCUGUUCCUGGUCCUGACGCCUCCCUCCCGCCCGGAAAGCUGCCCAGCCACCAGCAACCCCCCAGUGCCACCAUGGCAACUGCACCAUACAACUACUCUUACAUCUUUAAAUAUAUUAUUAUUGGGGACAUGGGAGUAGGAAAAUCUUGCUUGCUUCAUCAAUUUACAGAAAAAAAAUUUAUGGCUGAUUGUCCUCACACAAUUGGUGUUGAAUUUGGUACAAGAAUAAUCGAAGUUAGUGGCCAAAAAAUAAAACUGCAGAUUUGGGAUACGGCAGGACAGGAGCGAUUUAGGGCUGUUACACGGAGCUACUACAGAGGAGCUGCGGGAGCUCUUAUGGUCUAUGAUAUCACUAGAAGAAGUACAUAUAACCACUUAAGCAGCUGGUUGACAGAUGCAAGGAAUCUCACCAAUCCAAAUACUGUAAUAAUUCUCAUAGGAAAUAAAGCAGAUUUGGAGGCACAGAGAGAUGUUACAUAUGAAGAAGCCAAACAGUUUGCUGAAGAAAACGGCUUAUUGUUCCUCGAAGCGAGUGCAAAAACGGGAGAGAAUGUAGAAGAUGCCUUCCUUGAGGCUGCCAAGAAAAUCUAUCAGAACAUUCAGGAUGGAAGCUUGGAUCUGAAUGCUGCUGAGUCUGGUGUACAACACAAACCUUCAGCCCCGCAGGGAGGCCGGCUAACCAGUGAACCCCAACCCCAGAGAGAAGGCUGUGGCUGCUAGUGACCUCUUUGCUGUGGCCCCUCAUUUGACCUUUCACCUCUGUCUGUUGGAAGCAGUACUUUUUACUGCCUCAUUGUCUUCUGUACAUCUUACUGGGUUUAAUUAAAAAAAAAGAAAAAACUCUGUUGUAAAAACAGUUUAACACAAUACUAAACUGCUAAACAACUAGAUGUAAUCAGGUUAUCAAAGGCAAGUAGAGUAAUAAAUCUCUCCUGCAUGGUAAAUCUAGACUUUUUUUCCCCCUUGUCCUCGUGAUAAGUAUGUCACCAAUAUAUGAUUUAAACCGAGCACUGAUGCUGGACUUCAUGAUUUUUACCCUCCCUUUGGCAAGGCUUUGUCUCACUGUACGGUUUAAUUUGGUGAUAUCUUAAGCCUUUCUUCCCAUCCUUAACUGUUGAAGUAUGUCUGUUGAAACCAAUAAGUUUAUUGCUGUGAAAUUACUUCUGAUGGUAGAGAAGGGGUUCUAUAACUGCUUUUGUUUUGUUUUGGAUAAAUUUCCUGUUGUGUGGGUGGCAUUUUUCUUGACGAGAUUUGCUUCUGUCUUAGCCUCGCACAGGGAAAAUAUCCAUUUAUCUUCUCUCUCGUGCUUAAUUAAUAGCUUUAUCUUUUUUUAUACCAUUUUAUCCUUUUCUCUUUAACAGAAAGUAAAUAUGUAUAAAAUUUGAAGGAAUCGAACUAACAAUACAUUCUGUGUAUAUUAUUUUAAUGAAGAAAAUAAAUUGAUUACUGGCAUUGGAACAGUAUAAAAUACCAGUUUGUACAGUAUGACCUAUAUGUGACCAUGUUACUCCCUUCCAUUUCACACAAAGAAAUAGACACAACUGCAGUUCACAAGUAGUACUGGCUCCACCCCUUGGUGCUGGCAGUGUUUGGGGACAUUAUGCUGGAAAGAGCUCCUAGCAUCAGAGGAUUAACACUAGCAGAUUCUGUUCCAUCUUUGCACUGUUGCUUACCUGCUGAUUUUCUUAACUGUUCUUGUGCAAUCGACAAUGUGCUAACCUGCUUUUCUCUUUUUGUAAACGUUUUUGCAUUACAGGCUGCAUUCUUGCCUUACUGUAUAGAAAAAGAAAAAAGGCUGGGUUUACUAUUGCACAUUUUAAGCUUUUAUACCUUUAUCUUCUUGGAAUGGUCAGAUUCUGAACUGGACAGUCAGAACCACAGGUCUGCUGUUAAGGGAUUUUAAAUUGUGCAUUUUUAACCCUACAGUGAAAUAACUUAAGAUAUCCCUGUGUUCACAGUAUGAGGGGCUGUUUUAUGUCAUGUUGGCAUAAAUUGUUUUGUAAAAGGGAACGUGUUUCUAAGGGUGUUUCAGCGCUUGUGCUGAUACAAAGUAAGUUAUUACUUUGCACCAGGUGGUUUGGCCACUGAAUUAAUACUGUAUAGCAAAAGAAACAAUCUUAUUUUUUUUGGACAACAUGUUUUAUUAAGUUCUUCAUUUCUGUUGAUUUUUUUUAUUGCAUUUAUGAUUCAGUGGCUGGGAAUUGAGAAUUUAUUUGAAAUAGAAUAGGUAACACCUCAGCGUACUAUAGAAAAUGCACUCAGCUCAACUGCUGUGUUUAAAAUACACAUUUUAAAUCCCUCUUUACAGACACUAACAUAAAAGUACAUCUUUCUGGGUUGUAAACAUGUGGUAGUACCAGAGUAUUGUAUAGUCAAUGUUAAAUAAAAGCCAAAACUGGAAUGUGCAGAAAGUAGGCUUUGGUUAAUUUGUGGAUUCAUUUUUAUUUUUGUCUUUGUUUAACUUUUUAAAAAAUAAGAUUUCUGGAGUAGAUUGGUAUAUUCUGUUGAAGACUUACAGUGAUCCAUUUUGCUUACACUGUUGCAUCACAAGGGACUCACCCAGGGACCAUGACCUGCUGGUGUGUGUGUAUAUUUACAAAAACAAAACAAACAAACCACCCAUUGGGAUAUAAGGUAGCAAUCACAAACUAAAGACUGCGGCUUGUUGAGGUGCAAUACCCUGACUCCCAAAGUUAGUUACAGUGGGUUUUAUUGUUUUUGUGACUGAAGGAUUUAUUCAGACUGCUGUACUCUUCAUUUGAUGUAACAAAAUGCUAUUAAUCUAAAUAUUUGUAAAUAAAGUACCUGUAUCUAGAUUAAAUUAAAA